UUAUAUAUGUGUGUGCAGUGUGUCUCUCUCUCUCUCUCUCUCUCUCUCUCUCUCUCUCUCUCUAUCUCUCUCUCUCUCUCUUUCUCUUUCUCUCGUAUCUGUGUAACCCUAGUCCUUCUCGUUCCAAGUACCGGAGCAGACGGAGCUGCAUGUGUGCCAUUCUGUUCUCUCCUCGCUCACCCUCUCCCUCUCAUAUAUAAGUAUAUACCUACACAUAUAUACAUUGUGCGAUGUAUAUAAGGUGCGUUGUAUAGCUGCGCGCGCGGGCUAACCUUGCCGCCGUCCGCACACGCAGCUCCGCGCGUCUCCCUUCGAAAACACUGGCCCCCUCGACAUACCUGUCCGAUGUAUACUUUUCUAUACGCCUCUCUCUUUCUCACUGCGUUUUUUCACCGAGUUUCCACUUUUUCUUCGGCUCUGCGCGACGACAUCGUCUCUCUCCUCUCAUCCGUGUAUAAGGUACCGUAGCUUCGAGAGAGAUUAUUUUCGUCCUCUGGUUGCGUAACGAGACCGCGUGGAACCCUAGACGCGUGCGUGUUGUGUGUGCGUGCGCGCGCGUGCGAGCCCAUUAUAAUAUAUAACACACGCGCGGCGCACCGAUCGGAGAAAGUGCAUCUGACGACGAUUUAGCCUCGCGGUUUCGAUCCCAUUCCCUAUAGCGCGCGUGGGUGUACUAUCGCGUGGCUGGUAAUAUACUCACUAGACUCUAGAUGUGUAUUGUACACACGUAUAUAUGCUAGAUAAGGAUGCGUCAGAGCGAGGCGCCGCAGAAGAAGGGUUCGAGCGUUGUGUGUGUAUAUAUAUAUAUAUAUAUAUAUAUAUAUAUAUAUAUAUAUAUAUGUGUGUGUGUGUGUAUAUGUAUAUGCGGCUUUUGCGCGAAAGGAGGUCGAGUCCGUGGUAUAACGCGAUGCCGACGAAUAGGAGGCGCGGUUUUCUUUUUUUUUCUUUUUAUCAUGCGUCGGACUAUAGGUACAUUUAUAUGAGUUUUGUAUACCUUGUCCUCGAUAGGUUCAGCGGGAACAUUGCUUUUUUGUUUGGGGUAUUGCGUCUUUCAAUAUUUGUGAGAAGCGGCGUGAAAUGGCUGCUGGGGGCACGACUGUUUUGCGAUAAAACACCGUCCGCGAGCUAUAAUAAUAGGCCGUGCGUCGCUGAGAAUUCGAAAACCAACGACGACGCCGUUGGCUACCGGUGAUUCAUUUUAAAAGACUAUUAGACAAUCCGACGCAAUAACUCGGAACUCGACAAUGUGUAACUAUUUCAUCCCACUUUCGGAGCAGAAAACUAUUGGCUUCCAUAAGGCGACGGUUUUAGCCGCCGCGCCGUCUUACGAUGCAAAGAGAGCCAAAAGCACCCCAUCAUGCAGCAGUACGUACUAAUUCGAAAAAUCGCAAAACGUUCAAAAAGAGAGCCGCAUCUCUAAUGGUCGCUGACACCGCUCGCCGUCGGCCAAGUCAGCACACGCGCGGAUGACUCACCUAUAGGCAUCGUCUCUCUCUCUCUCUCCCACUUGUCUUCUAUAUGCUUAUAUCACAUUCGUGCGCGCAGCAGCGGCAAACAAACCCGCGCGCACGACCGCGAGGCGACAGCCAAAAAUACUUGCGCGCGAAUAUUCGGGUCUGUGUGCGCGCGGCGAAAACGAAUUUGAAAAUGAGAGCGCGGAGGAACCGGUCCGGAGUAUAUAAUGUGUGCUUCUUACAGCGCGAGAGACCAAAACCUACUUCCCGAAAAAAAGCCGUUAUUAUCGCGCGUGUGUAUACACGUAUGUGUUCUCUCUCUCUCUCUCUCUCUCUCUCUCUCUCUGUCUCUCUCUCUCUCUCUCUCUCUCUCUCUCUCUCUCUCUCUCUCUCUCUCUCGUGUGCGCGCGUACAACACAUCGGACAAAGCAGCUUCAUAUAAGCUGCUACCUACGCGCGCGCGAGAGAGGAAGGAAGGCAGAGAGGCAAGGUCGGAAGUUGACAGUGGCCCGCGGCUGGGCACGUCAUAUUUGCUCGUUAAGGAGAGCGCGGCUUUAUCGGCCGAACGACGACGAGCGCUGCUCUGUAUUCCGCGCGCGACGUUUCCGCUCUUUCCUCUCUUCUAUAUCUGUAUAAAGGAGUGUAUACCUGAGUGUUGUAGGAGUUUCGCAAACAACAGCUUGAGCAACGGCUCGAAACUCUUUGCGGAGGGCCUCUCUGGCCUUGAGCCGGCCUGCUGCGCUCUAUACGCGGAUUCGAACGCGUUUGACGGAGGCUACAGCGGCGAUUUUCGAGCGAGGGCUUUUUUGACGUUUCUCAUGACGAAUCGCCGACUGAUGUCUUCGCGCGCAAAACUCUUUGUCGAGAAAAAAGAUUUAUCGAGUCGCUUAAAGUUGAUCUGUUACACGCGGCCGUCGCGUUCGAUUUCAAUUUUCACGGUCAAACGCAUCAACCGCCGCGCUCCCGCUCCUGCAGCUUAUUCCUCGACGAAGCGUAUUAUAAACAUACAGCUCUCCGGCCAGAGGAAGCCCUACACAUCCGAGCACCCGCACCUAUAUACACUCGCAGUCCUCUUUGCAGUAAAGGCGCUCGGUAGCGGGGGGAGGAGGAGAGAGCUCGCGGGCUGCGGUAUAGUAGUCGGCGGCGCGCAAUCAGUCAGUGUUCUCCGCGAAGCCGGCGCGCAAGCACAGCACGAUCGCCAGGCGCGCGCGCGCGCUCAAACCGAGAGAGGAGGCGCACCAGCAUCGCACGAAGGCGGGAGAGAGUGAAGGGGGCGCUGGUGACGUGCGAUAACAACGAUUGGUCAUCGGGCAGCUGCAUCGGGCGCGCGUUUUGCUGCACCGGACAACUUUUCUGCGUGCGCCUCUAGACUGUUGUUGCGUAUACUCGUUGAAAUCGAUAGCGAUUUUGUGUGUGCAUUGCAUAUAGUGUAUCGCUG